CUCAAGAAGAGUUACUUCAAAUGACAUUACUUGCAUCCAGCCGCAAGUAGCCGACCCAUUGGACCACGAAGAAGAAGUCUCGUACAUAUCAUCUUUGUGCAGCAACCUGGAAGCUUCAGCGCCAAAAUGCCCCCGCAGCGGGGCUCUCGAAUCGUCUUCGUGGGCAACGUCCCAUAUGACAAAUCUGAAGAGCAACUGGCAGAAGUCUUCUCAGAAGUUGGCAAGGUAGUAGAAUUCAGACUGAUAUUUGACAAUGAGACUGGGAAGCCAAAGGGUUACGGCUUCUGUGAAUUUGAAGACCCAGAGACGGCCGCAUCCGCUGUGCGAAAUCUGAACGGCGCAUCAGUUGGCGGUCGGCAGCUAAGAAUAGACUUCGCAGAUCAAGAUCCAAAGAUUGAAAAGGCAAGAGAAAGUGCGUUGGCGAUGCAGCAAGGCGGUGCGGUGCCACCAGGAGCUGGACCAGGGCCACAACGCCAGUGGGGCUCCCCUCAGGGCCCACCGGGCCCAGCAGGUGGAGUGCUGCCAUUGAAUUUGCCUCAAGGACUCCCUUUGCCUGCAGGUGUGGCCUCUACAGAUGCAAUCAGUCAGACGCUAGCAGCGAUACCGCCCCACCAGCUGCUCGACAUCCUCGGACAGAUGCGGUCGUUUGUCACAACCUCCCCAGAGCAAGCAAAGCACCUACUGCAAUCAUAUCCACAGCUCGCAUAUGCGCUCUUUCAGGCCAUGCUCAUGAUGAACGUUCGAAUGAUGACCGCAUCCACGCAACAGCCGACAGCACCAGAUGUGGCCAUGCCACCUCAAGCAAAUUAUGGUGUUCCCGGUUCCCAAGGACCGCCCCAUGGCCAAGCCUGGGGGCCGCAAGGUGCACAGAGAGUGGAUCCGAUGGCGGGAGCGCAAAGGGGGACGCCGCCUCCACCGCCAUUGCAACAGCACCAGCACCUAACCCAGCACCAGCAGCAGCAGCAACAGCAGCAACAACAACAACAACAACAACAACAACAACAACAACAACAACAGCAGCAGCAGCAACAGCAACAGCAACAGCAACAUCAACAGCAUGCGGCGACCAUGCGCCAACAGAAUGCUCCGGGGGGCAUGUAUGGUGGCUCCCAGCCGCCAAGUGGACCAGGAGGCUAUCCGCCAUAUAUGCAGGCGCGGCCGCCGACUGCUGCGCCAGCGCCACCGGCGGGGCCUGCGGCGGAUACAGCCGCUCUCGGAGACUCUCAAAGACAACUUCUGCAUCAGGUGCUCUCGCUGACACAGGCCCAAAUCGACGCGCUGCCUUCGGAUCAACGGGCCACCAUCAUGCAGCUCAGAGCUCAAUUUCGAGGGUAG